AUGACUAAACAUACGUAUAUGGAAGACAGAAAAAUUACAAAACCGAUUAAUAGCAUACUGGCUGAAGAAACAGAGAAGUUAGUAGAUACCUACAGCUUUGAAAAUGUGCUAACAAGUGAAACCCUAAAGAAAUCAAAUUCAAGUCAGAAAAAAGAUGGAAAGAAUGGCGUAGCAUUCCACAAAUCGCUAGCUGUAGUGAAUGUAGCUGCAGGGUUAGAUGGAUGUGAUGAUCAAUUAUUACCAGCAAGUUUCAGAGCCUUAGAAGCUGAUUUAAAUUUACACCCAUCUUUAUUAGGGUAUAUUACAUUAGCACAGACGUUAAUGUUAAGCUUGUUUAGUCCAAUAUGGGGAUUUCUAUCAGAUAAAUAUUCAAGAAAAUGGAUGUUAGUAUUUGGCACAGCUUUAUGGGGAGUAGCAACUAUUUUACUAGCCAAUAUAAAUGACUUUGCACAUAUAAUAUUUUUUAGAGCAAUAAAUGGAUUAGCAUUAGGUAGUAUUGGACCUAUAUCUCAAAGUAUUUUAGCAGAUGCAGCAAAAAAUGAAUCCCUUGGAUUAUCAUUUGGUUUAGUACAAUUAUCAUCCAGUGUUGGAAGAUUAAUAGGAGGAGUAGUAACCACAACAGUGGCACUAAAAUAUUUUGGUGGAAUUAGAGGAUGGAGAUUAUGUUUUAUGAUUGUUGGUAUAUUGAGUAUCAUACUAAGUAUCGUAGUAGCAUUAUUUGUAGAUGAUGCACCUAGACAGGUUCGAAAAAAGAAGAAGAUGGAAUAUCUAGAUGGGGAUGGCAUAGAUAGAGGAUCGAAUAAUGUUAGAAUAGUGACUCAAUAUACUCAAUCGUAUAUGUUAUAUCAGAAUAUUGUAGAAUUGCUGAGAGACAGUUUAUCAAAAAAAAGUAUAAUUAUUAUUCUUAUGGAAGGAUUCACAGGAACUAUACCAUGGCUAGCUCUAAGUUUCAACACCAUGUUUUUUCAAUAUUGUGGUUUAAGUGAUUUACAAGCAGCUAUAAUAACUGGAUUCUUACUUAUCGGUUCAGCAUUAGGUGGAGUCAUAGGUGGUCAUUUUGGAGAUAUAAUGCAUGAUAUAUCAAAUAAACAUGGAAGACCAUUUCUCGGUCAGCUAGCUAUGUUUGGAAGAGUCCCACUUGUAAUAUUAACAUAUCUUGUAAUACCACAAAAAAAAGAAAGUUUUGAAUUCUUUGCCUUAUCUUGUUUUUUCCUUGGUCUAUCAUCCAUCGCUGGUGUAGCAGUAAAUAGACCAAUAGUAUCAGACAUAAUCAGACCAGAUUAUAGAGGAACCGUUUUUUCAUUAACCAUAGCAAUUGAAGGAGUAGGUGCAUCUCUCAUUGGUGCACCAUUGUUUGGUUAUUUAGCUGAAAAGGUUUUUAAUUAUCAAAAUAAUAAUUUACUAAUUUCAGAAAUGCCGGAAGAAUUGAGAAGGAAUAAUGCUGAAGCUCUUUCCAAAACUUUACUCUACCUGACCUUGGUUCCAUGGUUAUUAUCUUUUGUUUUCUACAGCUUGUUGCAUUUUACUUAUGGAAAGGAGUUUCAGAAGAUGAACGAAAUAAUUGAGAGAGAAUACAAAUAUGAUGAUGAAGAUGAGGAAACCAUUGCGGAAAAUGUAAUCGCACACACUAUGUGA